GGCCCACGCCCUGCUUGUGAUUGUUUCUCCCUCAGCAGCUUGCUGCUGAUUGGCUGAAACACCAGAAUGAGGUGGUCAGCAUCAAGCAGUCCAGGAUGAACUGGAACAGGUUUGUGGUUCUUCAGGACUUCAGGGUUGGAGAGUCCUGCUUCAGGCAGCAGCAGACAAACAUCUGCAGCCUCUACUCUCUGGAUUCAGGAACCCAGAAGAACCCUGCAGACCUCCAGAACCUUCAGCCAAUGAGAACGCUGGAAAUGGAACAGCUGGUCUUUACUGAGCGUUUCACACCGAAGCGUCUGAGGAACGACCGCUGCACCAAAGUCUGAUCUUUGGAGAGGCUGCUGGUUUCUUUGGACCAAAAGAGGAACUCAGUCAGGGUUCUGGUUCUUCCAGGUUCUGCCUGCUGUCCAUAUGGAGAGGAGCUGAAAGCUUUUUUACAUCCAGAACAGAAAAAACGAAGUCCUGAUGAAAUGUUCUGUUGUUCUACUGAUUCAACAAUAACGUUCUCCCAAACCUUUAUUAGGAUCUGUCUGCAGACAGGCUCCUCCUCUUCAUCACCUUCACUGUUUUCUUUAAGGUUCUACCUUCUUAACCAGCAGCAGUUCCACCAAACAUUUCAGAAUAAAAGCAUCCGUUUGAUUAAUCAACUCUGGAACCAAACAUGAAGAAAAACAGCUUUAAGAACCCUCUAAUGUUUGGAUGGAGAUACAAGAACAGACGUUCUCAUGUGGCGUUCACUGCCCUCCUCUGGAAAGGUUGGUCUGCAGACACGUUUCAUUUUAGAACAAAGACUCGGACGUUCUUGUACAUUUAAACUGAUAGAACAUCAGAGAACUUUGAUCAGACGUUCUGCAUCCUUAGAAACGUUUGGGACACCGGUUCCAUAAAGAGAAUCAGCAGACUCACCGUCCCUCCUUCAGACCAGACCAACCUCCACCUGCAGACAUCAGUCUGUUUGCUAAACUCACUGCAGGUGGAAGCAAAGGGGCGGAGACUAAUUCCAAGGUGAGUUCAGGAGCUGCAGGGGAUUUUCUUCCAGCAGAUGACGGAUAAGAAUUUGUUUAUCAAUGUAGUGUUUUUCUUGGAAAGAACCACCAGGUUCUUCACGGUGGAGGUCAGAACCUUCAAAAACAGAGAAAACCAGAAAGAAAUCACAAAAAGCUGAAAUAAAAAGACCUUCAAUGUGUUAAUGAGUCUUUGAGGUCAGUGGAGGACAUGAACGUGACAGAAAGAUGACCAGAACCGGAGGAGCAGAACAGCUGGGUGUCCAUGAACCGGCACAUCAGCGGUUCUAGGGGGAGCGUGUGCCGCCGGUUCCUCAGGUCAUUUCUGACUCUUAAGCUUUUCAGUGGAACGAUUGAAAGUGAUCAAAAACAUCAAACGCUCCAACAUCCAGAUCCUGAUGGAUCAGAGGAAUCAGAUUUUACUUUGAAAUGUUCUCCUUUGAUACUGGGUUCUGUUUGGCAGCGGUUCUAAUGUUCAGGGCUGCUGCCACUGGGGGGCGCUCCAACACAAACCAUUUCAGCCAGAACCACAGACAGAAUCUGGUUUGACGGUUCUCAUCUUCUCCAGUCCUUCAAAGACUCAAACUUAAACUGAUGUCUGAACAUGGAUCUAGACCCGAACUAGACCUAGACCUGGUCCCAGCGACCUGUUGAUAAGUCCACAUCAGACCGGUCAGAGAUGUUGGAGGAGGUUCUGUCCGUCCUCAGAUACCAGCGGGUCCAGCAAAGGUCUCCAGUGCGCUCUGGGGAGGAACAUGGACUCAGGAUGAGGAUUGGUUCUGGUGUUCUCCAGACUUCAUGUUCACCCGCUGACAGAACCCAGACAUGUCUAGUCUCUCUGGUUCUAUUUUUAGAAGCUGUAACAUGAUAUCCGUCCUACCACAUGACCCCCUCCCCCCUCCACGACCUGAUGAUCCAGAUCAGGUAUGAUCCACACCUGAAGGUGGUCUGGACUGCUGGAGGACAUGACUGUCACAGAGGAUGGAGGAAGAGGAGCUGGCUGCAGCUCAGGAGGAAGGUUCUCUAAAGUUCUCAUGGUUUGCAGACCUUCUCCAUCAGACUCCUCCUAUGUAAAUCCUGGACACACCUGGAUUCACGGAGAUCAGAUUUUGUCCUCAUCUCAGAUCUUCUGGAGAACCUGAGGCUCUGCAGAUGAGCUGCUGGUCCCUUACAGACGGACUUUGAACCGCCGCCGCACCUUUUACAACUCGGCCAGCAUUCUGGAGCAUAUUUUCACGGACACUUCCUCCUCUGCAGGUGACAUGCUCCGACAUCAAGAGCUCCUGGUCUUCGCCACGUCAUGGAGCACUGCCUCUGCUGCAUUUCCGUGCUUGCUAUUCUGUCCUCUGGAGCGCAAUCCAGCCGCUUCUCAUUGGUUAGGAUGACUUCACCAACAAGCACUUCAGUUUCCAUGGAAACAGAGAAUACUGUGACGCCAUUUGCUCCAACUGACACUACUAUGGACACCCCUGCAUUCACUGGGACUACCGUGGACACCCCUGGAUUCACUGAGACUACCGUGGACACCCCUGCACUCACUGAGACUACCGUGGACACCCCUGGAUUCACUGAGACUACCGUGGACACCCCUGCACUCACUGAGACUACCGUGGACACCCCUGCACUCACUGGGACUACCGUGGACACCCCUGCACUCACUGGGACUACCGUGGACACACCUGGAUUCACUGAGACUACCGUGGACACCCCUGCACUCACUGGGACUACCACAGACUCUCCCACAGAGACAAUUGGUCCCACUGACGCCAACACAGACCUGCCUGUUGUCACUGAGACCACCGCAGACCCCCCAACUACCGCUAAGAACACCAUGGUGCCGUCUGAUCCCACUACUGCAGACCCCCUCUUUACCACUGAGAGCACUAUGGACCCACCCAGUUCUCUGGAGCCAACUGAAGCUCCAGGCAGUACUGUGGUCCCCCCAGAUGGUGUAACUGAACACUUACAGAGUUCUCUAGGUACAACAACUACACCCAACGAGUCCCCCACCACCAUUAGAUACACCACUGUGAACCUGACACCAGAGUCCACCAAUGAUACAGACCUGACGAACGCAACUCAAGGAACUCCCUUUACCACACUCACCACCACAUUAUCAUACUCCCACACCAUGCCAGACAUGAUCACAGAUGGUACCUCUCCAACCCACCCGACUACUCAGAUUUUAACUUUAUCUCCUCAGAAUCCAACUACUAUUACUACUAAUACGUCUACUAAUACUACUACUGCGUCUACUCUGGCACCUACCCCCACUACCCCUUCCAGCCCCACCCCCAUCCCCACUACCCCUUCCACACCAACCCCCAUCCCAACUACCACCUCCACCCCCGCCCCCCUUGUUUGUGCUAAUGGUGGGACAGCACUGGGGAGCAUGGUCUGCAUCUGUCCGGAUGAGUGGACUGGACCAACAUGCUCCCUGCAAAACUUCUGCAAGGCCGCAAAGGUUGAAGAAUUUCAGUUCCCGCGCACCUUAGUAGGCUUUUUUGCAUAUUCUGAAAGAAGGUGUCCGGCUGGAACAAGUGGUGCUGGAAAACCUCAGGCUUCAACCAGAUGUUUGCCCAAAGGUCCAGUCCCUGGAUUUGGCCCCGUUCGUGUUUUUCAGUGUGAACAGACGCUGAGCGACAUCCUGCAGAAUCUCACCAGUGGAGCAGAUCUGGAGCUUCUGGCUUCCAGCACGCAGAUUCUAACUUCUCAACCAGAGGAGAUGAAGUCAGAAAACAUCACAGCCGCCGCCCAGAUCGCCAACACUUUGCUGCAGUCUCCAAACGCCACAGAGGGCGUCAGGGCAGCAGCCAUGGCCACCGUCAGCCAGCUGAUGAGCGCUCCCGUCAACACAGAGGAAAACAACGCCACCCAGAGUCUGACCCAAACUCUGGACAACCUGUCUGUGAACCUGAGCCGCAGUCACAACACAUCUCAAGUGGUUCAACCAAACCUGGUGGUCCAGUCGGCCCACGUCUUGGAUGGUGACUCUCAGGGGAUCCAGUUCACCUCCCUGGCAGGAACGUCUGGGAAUUUUUCCGCCAACAGACUCCAGCUGAACACCAACGCUCCAGACGUGGUGGUGGAAAACGGGACGACAGUGGAAGCGCUGGUUUACCUGCGAUUUCGCUCGGGUCAGCCAACAGGAGGUUCCACUCAGACGGUGUCCAACAUCUCCAUGGGUUUUGUCCUCUACCAGAACAACCGCUUCUUCACAUCAAAACGGUUCAGGGGGCGCCAGGCUACCAUCCGGGUCCUGUCCGCCACCGUCCGGGGCGAGGAGCGCAGCAUCACACCAGAACACGUGGAGCUGCAGUUCAGACCAGCAGUCCCUGAGGGGUUCCUGCUGCACGACUUCUCCUGCGUGUUCUGGAACUACAGCCUGCUGGACUGGAGUACCACCGGCUGUUCUAAGAGAGAAGCUUCAGAUGGAGUUCUGAGAUGUUUCUGCAACCACACCACCAACUUUGCUGCUCUUUGGGUGAAGCUCUGCAGGAACGAGUCUUUCAGAGUUCUGGAUGACUUUGUUCUCACCCUGUUUGUGCUUCAGUCCUACAGAGAGGACUUCAAAUAUGCAGAAGCUCUGAACAUAGUAUCCAUCGUGGGUUUGUCGUUUUCCAUCCUGGGUUUGGUGGUCACCAUCCUCCACCACAUCAGAGAAAACUUCCUCAGGACGCCCCGGAAGCAGACCACCAGUGUCAACUCCAGACUAGCUCUUCUCUUCAUCUAUGUCAGCCUGCUGGCCUUCAUCAUCACCUUCAUCGCUGGAGUCCAGAACCAGCCUAGGAACACAGAACCAGAGGACGUGGACGACAACGUCAUCCCGGACUCUGAGGAGCACGUGUGGCCCGACCGCGGCCCGUGCACGGCGGUGGCCGCCCUGCAACACUUCUUCCUGUUGGCCACGUUCUCCUGGAACAGUGUGUAUGGAACCCAGUUGGUGCUGCUGGUCCGCUCCAUGCGCCGGAGCCUCCCGCCGUUCUGGAAGCCACUGAGCGUGGCAGUGGGAUGGGGAUUUCCUGCUGUCCUCACGGCGGUGACCCUGGCGGUGACCUACAGAGCAGACUCGCCGUUGGGAUACCGGCAGGAGGAGUUCUGCUGGCUUGCUGGUCUGGAGAAGGAUCGCUUCAGCUUCAGGAAACCUCUGUUCUGGGGCUUCCUGCUUCCAGUGGGCCUGAUCCUGAUCUACAACAUGGUUCUACUGCUCCUCACAUCGCUCAUCACCUGCCGGGACUCAAACCUCAGAAGUUCCCGCCACUCGUCCUCCACCAGCAAAGUUCUGGUCAGCGUCUCUCUGGCGGUGCUGCUGGGUCUCUCCUGGACUCUCGGGUACCUGGUUCUCGUCCCCACUGGACCCGCAAAGACCACCUUCAGCAUCUUAUUUUGCAUCUGCACAACAACGCAGGGUUUUCAGAUCUUCAUCUUCUUUACGGCCAGAACCCCGACCUUCAAAAACGCUGUGAGGCGCUCUCUCCGGUUCGUCACCGCGGCCCGACACAGCCUGAACAGCACCAAGUACCAUCUGUGGAAGAACUUAAGGGAGAGCUUCACCACCGAGACCUACAGGGACGUGAAGGAGGGAACCACCAGCCUGUAAGAUGGAGGAGGAGGGAAAACCAGCCUGUAAGAUGGAGGAGGAGGGAAAACCAGCCUGUGAGAUGAUCAGGAAGGGGGGGGGUUCCACAAAUCUAUCAAAGACCAUCGACCAUCACAGCUUCAAAUCCUGCUUUAGGUCCUUGAUCUCUGUUUUAACUCAUUCUUUGUCUUGAAGUAUUAUGUUACUAAUUUUGGUCUUUUUUGAAAUUCUGGUUUUCAUUUUUUUUUUUUUAAGUUUGGUCUACAGUUUUAUUGAAGUGUGUUUUAUUUUAACUUUAACCCUUGUUC